AUGACCGCCAAAGCCUCCUCAUCCGGAUCCAUGUCGACACCACCACCCAAGAAGAAGCGCGGCUUCUUCAGCUGUCGUUCCAAGCACGCUCUCGACUCCCUCCCGCGCAACGCCCGUGGCGACAACGCAGCGAUCAACCGGCUCCAGGCGCGAGACAUCUUUCAGCGCGAAGCGGACGACUUCUUCGCCUCGCCCUCUACCGCCUUCACGCCGCUGACCGAGGAGAAGGGCCUGCUCAAGCUCGCCGAGCACAACCGCACCGAAUCGACGCUCCCACCACCCUCCCCGACGGUGCCUAUCAAGCCGCUGUUCGCACAAGAGGUGCGCGAAGGCGAAGAGGACAUCGUAGGAGAGCUCGAGCUGCAAUAUCGACAAGAAGAGGUAAACGAGAAGGAGGAAGCGCGAGAUGUGCUGCCCGACGACGUGGUGUCCCCCACAGACGCACCGGGCGUGGGAAGGAGUAUGAGCCUGUCCAGCAAGACAGGUCGCAUCAAACGCUCACUCAGUCUCAAGCGUAGUGCGAGUACUGCGAGCGCGAAACUCAUCGCGCGCGCACCGCCCGUGAGCUCGGUCGACUUUGCUGACCUACCCGUCGAGUCUGGCAGCUCGUCGGAGGAGGACGAGGAGAACGUCGGUGUGGGGUCCAUGGCUUCCAUCCGCAAGGCGAGGGGACGACACGCGGUGGGGCACCAGCCUGCCGUACCCGAUAUCAGCGAGGACGACUUUUUGGCGUUCGACAACGUUCCCAUCCCACCCAAGGCGAGUCCGGGCAAGACCGAGAAGCCGGCGCUGGCAGUCUCGAUCCCGGAAUCCGACAGCAUGCGAGCCGUCGCAGCGGUGCUCGAGACGUCGAGCGAUUCGGCGCGCUUCCGCACCGGGCCCUCGGUGGGCACGCCGCGGAUGGAAUCGCCAUCCUCGUCGCGCAUCGCCCAUCGGGCCCAGAUUCGCAGCGAGAACGACGACGAAGAUACGGUGCCGGAGCUGCGCACGCCGGUUCGCUCUGGCACUACACGAGGGUUCUGGGACACCACCCUCGAUCGGGACGAGUCCUUCAGCACUUCACGAGGAAUCCCUUUCCAGUACGUGACCAACCUUUCCCGUCCUGUGUCGAUCGCAUCUCUCCGCUCGCUGGCGACGCCAUCGACACCACCGCGCACAUCCUCCCGACCCACCUCGCCAAACGGCACCUACCACGGUCUUCGCUCCACCAAGAGCUUCUCCACAUCGCCGCUCAAGCAGGCCACCUUCAACGGCUUCCCUCGCACCUUCUUCCCAGCCUCGACGUUCAACGCCACGCCUCGUCGGGCGAACGCGGCCGAAGAGCAGGAUGUGGAGCGUCAACUCGCCGGUCACGCCGCUACGCCCUCCCACGCAUGUUCCAACUGUGGCGUCGUCGAGCCGCGCGACUUUGCCUCUUUCGUUGGCAAAGGCAAAGCCUCCCGUCAUACGUCGGUCAAGCAGCAAACGCUGCACAAGUCCACCUCCACCCCGCAAGCUGCCGCCACGGGCUCGUUGCGGAAGAGCAAGAGCGCAAUGCUCAAAUCGGACGGCCCUGGAGAGGGGACGUUGAAGCGAUGGGGUCUCGCAGAGGCCUUCAAGGCAGGCGAGGGCAUGGGCAGCAUCCGCACCAAGAAGAUGGUCCCCGGACCAGGAGGGGGUUACAUCACCGAUACGGCGAAUAUGAGGUGGUGCAGCGCGCUGGAUGAGAUCAAGAAGGCGUUGAAGGAGGACGGUGACGAGCAAGAGGAGGAGGAGGAGGAGGAGAGGGUGCAGAAGGAGACCCAGAGCGUGAUCUCCGAGAGGAGCGAGAGGAUGGCUAGGUACGGCGUAGCUAUGUAA